CGCCGCGGCUCACAGGGAUUUGGCGCCUAUUUUUUGUUGGUUGGGUGUUCUCGCCGGUGAUUGGGCCCCGGCGCGGCGUGCCGGUGCGCCUGGCUGCGGCUGCUCCGUCGACCUUGGCAGGACCCGGGCGGCGCACAACUCGGCGGGCCUCCCGGGGGAUGGGCCACCAGGAGUCUCCGCUGGCCCGAGCGCCGGCGGGAGGUGCGGCUUAUAUAAAGAGGUUAUGUAAAGGGCUCAGCUGGCGCGAACACGUGGAGAGCCACGGGAGCCCGGAAGGCUGGGCCUCCCCCGCGAGCGCCGCUGCCACUGCCCGGGCGGCAGCACUACCCGCCGCACGUCCGAGCUCGGCCACCGCCUCCCGAGCUGCUCGGUCCCGGAGGCACCCAGAGCCCGGAGCGGACCAUCCCCAGGCGGGGGCUCCAGGAGGGAAACGCGCCGCCCGGAAGUGGAGGUGCGCGGGCCAGGUCACAAUCCAAGGUCCCGCUCCUCCGCGUCCCGGGGCCGGACGGAGGGAUGAGGCAGGGGCGGGCCGGGCAGCGCCGUUGCUGCUCCCCCCGUCGCCUGCAGCCAUGGAAACGGGGGAGGACGGCGCCCGCAGAGGUACACAAAGCCCAGAGCGGAAAAGGCGAAGCCCAGUGCCGCGGGCGCCCAGCACGAAGCUGAGGCCGGCGGCUGCGGCCCAGGCCAUGGAUCCAGUGGAGUCCGAGGCCCCGGGCGAGGCCUACCUGGCGCGGCGGCGACCGGAGGGCGGCGGCGGUUCUUCGCGGCCGCGCUACAGCCUUUUGGCGGAGAUCGGGCGCGGCAGCUACGGCGUGGUUUAUGAGGCAGUGGCCGGGCGCAACGGGGCCCGGGUGGCGGUCAAGAAGAUCCGCUGCGACGCCCCCGAGAACGUGGAGCUGGCGCUGGCUGAAUUCUGGGCCCUGACUAGCCUCAAGCGGCGCCACCAGAACGUAGUGCAGUUUGAGGAGUGCGUCCUGCAGCGCAACGGGCUAGCCCAGCGCAUGAGCCAUGGCAACAAGAGCUCGCAGCUGUACCUGCGCCUGGUGGAGACCUCGCUCAAAGGAGAAAGGAUCCUGGGUUAUGCUGAGGAACCCUGCUAUCUCUGGUUUGUCAUGGAGUUCUGUGAAGGUGGAGACCUGAAUCAGUACGUCCUGUCCCGGAGGCCAGACCCAGCCACCAACAAGAGCUUCAUGCUACAGCUCACAAGCGCCAUUGCCUUCCUGCACAAAAACCACAUCGUGCACAGGGACCUAAAGCCGGACAACAUCCUCAUCACAGAGCGGUCUGGCACCCCCAUCCUCAAGGUGGCAGACUUUGGACUAAGCAAGGUCUGUGCCGGGCUGGCACCCCGAGGCAAAGAAGGCAAUCAAGACAACAAAAAUGUGAAUGUGAAUAAAUACUGGCUGUCCUCAGCCUGCGGCUCAGACUUCUACAUGGCUCCUGAAGUCUGGGAGGGACACUACACGGCCAAGGCAGACAUCUUUGCCCUGGGCAUUAUCAUCUGGGCAAUGAUAGAAAGAAUCACUUUUAUUGACUCUGAGACCAAGAAGGAGCUCCUGGGGACCUAUAUUAAACAGGGGACUGAGAUCGUCCCUGUUGGUGAGGCGCUGCUAGAAAACCCAAAGAUGGAGUUGCACAUCCCCCAGAAACGCAGGACUUCCAUGUCUGAGGGGAUCAAGCAGCUCUUGAAAGAUAUGUUAGCUGCUAACCCACAGGACCGGCCUGAUGCCUUUGAACUUGAAACCAGAAUGGACCAGGUCACAUGUGCUGCUUAAAAUUCAGGGCUAAGCAUCUUGGGUGUUUUUAAACUAGGUCGAUCCCUCGGGACCCACAGUCUCACCAUGUCUCGUACAGAGGACGGCAGAGGGGACAGGUGGUGGCUUGGCCGGUUGGCGAUCUCCUGACAGCUGGAUCUCGGGCAAUGUGAAGCUUUUGUUUGGGUUUCCCCCUUUUAGUUUUGCUUAAUUUUUUUUUUCUUUUUUGUCUUUUUUAAUUUAAACUAUUAAGACUUCAGAGGAACAGGAAGCUAUGCUGUGGACAGGCACCAAUUUCUUUAAAGAAAUUCAAUGUGGACAAGGCAUAUGUAUAAAUUUCACUUUUGAUUUUUAUAGGGGGUUAGGGAGCUACUUUUGUUUUUGUCCUUCACUUUCCCUGUGUCUUCCUUCUUUUACACCUCUCUUAGUUCUGCUUAUAGCAUCUCACUUCCAUGGAGAAGGGCUGCCUCCCCACAGAGAAUUUAGGGGUUCCUUCUAGAACGGGGCAUGAAGACAUAAGGCCUCCGGGCUACCUCCCUACCAGAUGCAGGAACUGCUGGACUCCGUGGUCGGCUGCCCUGGCCAGCCUUGUGCCUCAGAAACAAUCAGAGGCGAAGAACCAUCUGGAAGAGGAAGACCAGGGUUGGCCAGGAGAACUCGAACGAAGGUCUAAACUGCGUAUUUUGUUCUCUUUAAGCUGUUGGGAGCCCCAGGACUUUACAGUGGUGGGAAUUCGUUGCCUCUUCUGCCCCAUCUAACUGGCAAGUCAGAGGAGGGUGGAGGGUGACCAUCUCCCACUUGCUGGCGGGGAAGGAGCUAUCCCAGUUCUAUAAACCUACCUUUCUGUUAGGAAACACUGUUGUGCCAAACUCUUUGCCUGGGACGCAGCUGAGUCUUCAGCAGGCAUCUGUCACUGCUGUGAGGUCAGCACCCCUCACCUACCUUCUCCUGGAUCGUCAUCUUCCCAGAUGUGUCCGGAAGUAUCCAGGUGUCACAGAUUGCCUAAGGCCCUGAGAUCCAGUUGUGACCAUUGCCAUGAUAACAGGGUGUCCUGAACUGGCUGCCAUUGCCGUUUUUGCAGCAAAGGGUGUGCCCUGUGUGCCAGGGUCCAUGGUGUCACAUACAGUGACACAUACUGUCAAGCGCCAUCUCCCUCACCCCCAGGGACUUUACUCUUAGGUGCCCGGCCUCAGUAUAAAUAUGUCUGACGGGGAGAGAAUGGACCUGCCUGAAACAGGGAGGCGUCGUGGGACGGGGUAGGCCCCGUGGCUGUUAGGUGCCCAUCCGUGGGCUCGCCGCCCUCACUCUUCCCCAGCCACGACCCCUCCAGCUCCCCUAGCGACGUCUGUCAUAGCCAUUCUCAUGCUCUCCGGCAACGCUCCUGCACCCUCCUCCCCCAGGCUGCUCCUCUGAACCCCCCUGCUCUCUCCCCCUGCAAGGAGGAGGGGGCAUGUUCUGUGUUGUUCCUCUCUGGACGUGACUUUGGCCACUCCAGAGGCUUUUCACCCCCUGUAGCCAAAUAGGAUAAUAUCUCUGGGGAAGGGGAAAGGAAGUCUCCUGUAUUUGUUUUUUGUUUUCUGUUUUACCUAAACCAGCAUAGGAUCGAUAGGAGAGACAGUUGGAGGGCAUUUUGGUUGGUAUGUGACCAAGGCGGCCUUUUCCCCAAAGCAGCAACCCUUUGGCCCUGAGGGUUUGGGCAAGAUCAGCGCAAGAUCAGGCCAGACUCAGCAAUACGUUUCUCACAUUGUUUCCGCCGCCUCUCGAGUCCCUCAACCCCACAGUUCCUUCCUCAUGGGCAGAGAGUGGGCUGCCGUGAGGAGGAUCCCGCACGGCCGCAGGUGGUGACCAGGCCCUGCCCGUCCUGGGCUGAGUCCAUUGCGACUGCUCGUCUCUCAUCUCCUCCGACUUCUCAGUACCUCCUGAGUACUCCGAGUGGCAGCUGGGAAGAUGGAACAGUGACGUCGCCUGAUCACAGUGCACGCUCCUGCUCUGCCCGCCCCUUCCCGGGGGCAGCUAUCUCUGUACAUGAGCAAAUGGGAAAAACAGUCCCCAGACUCAGCACACCCUCUGUCCUGGGCUGCAGCCCACGCUCUGACCUCCCCGGCGAGGCUCCAGUCUAACAAGUUUCUUCAUUUUUGCCUAUUUUUUUCCUCUGCCCUCCCCAGGUCCUGUAGCUCUGUCUGAAGUUCUUAGAGCUGUAGCGCUUCCCUUGUGCUAUUUUUCUUGGUGUCAGAGUAUCCCCUGUAGGUCACACGUGGGCAGCAUGGUAGGGGCAGCAGCUUCUUGCCCCCCCCAAUAUCUUUGGGACUCCCAGCCAGCUCUGGCUUGGUGACAGAGCUCCGUCCCUAGCUCACGUGACGGCCAGCUCUUCAGCCCCAAGUGCCUGUCCCUCCCUCUCCUGCUUUCUCUACUUUGCCCACCUCGGGCACCCAGCCAGCUAGGUGGGAGUCAGCCGCAAGUGAGCGCUGGCUCUGCCCCAGUCAGUGGACCAGCUCCGGCUGGCACCUGUGGUCUUCAUGGUACACCUCCGCCUUGUCCCUGUGGGCCAGCUUCCUGAUCGUUGCUGCCCCCGCCUGCCACCUCACCCAGGUCUCGGGCCCGCCAGCAGCUCCCUGUGCAUCAUCUCAGCACCACCAAGUUUGUUAGACGUGUCCGAGUUCUAGGAGUUUCUAAACCUUCCAACCUGGGUCAUCCAUUCUCUUCUCCUUGGCCCUGUGACGAGGCUAGCCUGUUGGAGGGAGGGUCUUGGCCUCAGCCGUUUCGGGUCUGAGCGUGGUUUCCCUGCCAGUGAGAGGAAUCAACAGGACAGAUCAUAGUGCCUUAUUCCAUUGUCCUCCCCCGGCCAGACCUCCCAGCUCUGCUGGAAGGGUGUGGCUUCUUCCCUCUGUGUCCAUCUGUCACUUGCACUCUCACUCUCUCCUUCUCCCAGAGAGCCACGGGGGAAGGAUCCCCCACCCCAGCGCCCCUCGCCCUCCUCCCGAGGGCUGUAGCCAGAUCCACGCAGCACCAGGGCACUCACUAGCAGCUCUAGCCCAGGACAGGAAAACUGUGCUUCAGACAGGUGCACACUCUCUGCCUCUCACUCCCCAGCAGGUCCCCUGCCUCUUACCUCUAGCCAGGAGGAUGCCGCAGUCUGUUCACUCAAGACUGGCUCCAUCUGACCCCUUUCUGGGCACCGGGGACUAAGGUUGCAGGCCUCAGCCUCAUCUCAUCCCAGAGGCGUUGGGACAGUAGAAUAGGAAUUCUUUCCUCCCACCCAGACGUGGUGUGCCCCCGUGGCCUUUCUGUGGGGGCAUGUUAAAUGUUUACUUACGAAAUACCCUGUUUACAGCUGGAGGAGAAACGUGCCCAACACUGGGUGGAGAUUUGGUUCUCUGGGCAGGGCCUGCUCUCCUUUGUGGCGCUGCCAGUGGGGUCCCCAGAGCAAAUGAAGGCAGCGAUGCCUGGGACAGAGGCGAGCGCCCCUCACUCCCUCUGCUCCCCACCCUGUGGUGCUAGGACCACUCACCCCCUUCCCCGCAGCCUCCUGGCCCCGCACAUUCCCACCUCCAUCAUUCCCUUCCCCACGUGUUCUCAGCUCUCUAACAUAUCAGUUGUCUCUUGUCCUAGAAAACCAGUGUUGAAGCAAUAAGAUUAUUAUUUUUGCUUGAAUCUUUUUCUAAGAGAAGUAAAAGAGUUGGCAUUGUGGGAAUCUUUCUUUUUGUGCUGUUGGCUGUUUACCCUUUUAGAAGACAGAUAUUAACAGGAUGGAUGUCUGGAUUAUCUUUUGGAAAUUUGGGAAAGCAAGAUUCAGGCUGCCACCACCUAUGGGGCGGGGUCCCUAAAUCUCUGUCCUUGCCUGGCUCCCUUCCAGCCCUGCCCACCAAGGGUCCCUCCUCCCCCCACACCUGGGGGCACUGGUGGCUCUUACUCUAUGCAGGUCUCAGAUUAUCCCUCCCCUUGACCUGUUCUCCCCUCCUAGGCCUGUGUGGCAGCCCCCAGACAGACUCAGCUGCUGGGAGUCCUCUAGGGCCUGGCAGCCUCACGACAGCCAGGCUCCCGUGCAGCUCUUCAGGCCACUGGGUUCUGGAGGCAGAAGCCUAGAGGUGCUGCCUCUGCCAUCCUCCCAUGGCGUAGCGCAGCCCUCGAGACAGCACAGGCCCCUCUCUGAUCCUGGCCUACCUAGGCUGCGGGGGGCUGGGGCGCUCCCAUCUGGAGAGAUGUCCUCAAUGGGUAACCAGUAGGUGUGGCGUAGGAGUGGCCAACGUCAGCAUCUGCAGCCACCACCAAGAGAUGAGUCCACUGCCAUUGGUGGCCCGAGGGCCCCCUAAGAUUGCAAAGGUAUCAGAAGGGGAGCCCCCAUGUGUUUUUCCAGGACAGGCCACAGGAGGAAGGGAGCCUAUUUAGGGGCAUUUAAAGAACUCUUGUGCCCAGGGGCUGCUUCCAUCAGAGCAGGGGAGGAUAUUUCAGUGGCUUUGAAAAUACUGGUGUGGAACAGACUUGAGUGUGAGGGAGGGUUUAAGCCAGGCACAAAGUUAGUUUCAAAUACUAGUUAAUAAAUCUAUUUUUCUUUAUUUCCUUUUUUUGCACAGAAGCUGGUAAUCUAGGACCUACAUGUAUGUGAACAACUUUAUAUGAAUAUUUUUUGUACUUGGUUUACUUGGGUUGGUAUGAUCCAUUAUAUUUAAGUUCCUUGAACACUGUGGAUCCCCCUAAUAUGUAUGAAUGACUGAGGCUUUGUAAAUUAAGGGACGUUUGUGUGAAUAAAGUUAUUUGAUGGGGUUAAAGAAGCCAUAUGUGAUUUGAAAA